AUGGCGGCCGCCUCGCUCAGGGCCCAGCUCAACGCCCACAUCGCCUCCAUGUACGCCACGGGUAGUGUGGACGCGUAUUUCCAGCAGCUGCAAUCGAUGGACGAGGGCAGUGCUGCCACGGGCUUCGUCGCCGAGGUCAUCAACAUCUUCCUCAAUGACGCCGACAGGAUCCUCAACGACAUCGCCAGCCUGGUGAACCAGCCCGAGGUGGACUUCUACAAGGUGGACGCCCUGGUGCAUCAGCUCAUUGGGAGCAGCUCCACUGUUGGUGCUAAGAAAGUGAAACUCGCCUGCAUGCAAUUUCGUCAGUCCUAUGUGGCCAAAAGCAAAGAAAGGUGUCUCAUGCCAUUGGCUCUUCUUAGGAAUGAGUUUUGUGAUGUGCGCAACCAACUCCAGACCAUGAUGCAGACCACUUAUUCGAGGUCUUUGAAAGUCCCAUUUGCUCCUUGA